AUGAGCAGUGACGAUAAAAAGAUGGACGUUGGCGAGGAUAGAGAUUCAAAGGAGCUGGCGGCGGCGGAGGACGUCGCAGCACCUGUCAUCGCGGAGGAGGGCAAUGGGGCAGAUGCGAAUGCGCAAGACUCGGCAGCAGAUGCGGCUCAACCAGAACCUCAGCCUAUCGCUAUGCGCUGCCUCAUCAUCUCUGGAGAUGCUUCCAUCAUUAUUGGCAAGGGCGGCAAACACAUCAACGAGAUCAGAGACAAGAGCGGCGCCCGUUUGACGAUCGUGAGUUGCCGCGGUUCGCGAUUCAGGCUUGCGAUUAGCGAAUGAGCUUGAAUACCUUUGCUGGCAAAGUCUCAGUCGCUGACCCCGAACCUUGCCCUGUCUGUCACAUUGCAAUAGAGUGAGCACAUUCCUAGCAACCCCGAGAGGAUCCUGACUGUUGCUGGCCAGCUUGAUGCGGUUUCCAAGGUGGGUGAUGACAGCUUCGAAAAAUCUAGUGCUGAGCAUUGGCGUGGCCUUUGCUCUUGGGGUGAGCCAUCGUAGUCUCGCCGAGGAUUGAACAAACGUGCACUCCUAUUCUCAGGCUUUCGGUCUCAUCGUGCGAAGGAUCAAUGAUGAGCCCUUUGAACAGCCAUCUGUGCCGGGCAGCAGGGCUGUUACGAUCAGAUUCAUCGUUCCCCACGCUCGUAUGGGUUCAGUCAUUGGGAAAGGAGGCACGAAGAUCAAGGAGAUCCAAGAAGCGAGUGGAGCGCGACUCACAGCAGGAGAGGCCAUGCUACCCAACAGCACCGAGGUGAGGAAGCAGAGGAAGCAGGGGAAGCAGAGAAAAGCCGAGGUAAUAUGCUGUGCUCGUGCCGAAUUCUGCUCGAAACUGACACCGACCAUCGGCUCUCGCAGCGGGUAUUGAGCAUAUCGGGUGUUGCUGACGCUGUUCACAUUGCAGUCUACUACGUGGGUACGAUCCUCCUGGAGCACUCGGAAAGAAACUCGCACAACAUUGCCUACCAGCCCACGAGCGGUGCCACUGCUACUGCAGCUAUGGCACCUUCGCGUGGCGGAGCUGGCCCGUACGGACAGCCAGGAGCGCCGGGAGGCUUUGGCGGCGGUGGAUACGGCGCUCCCGGUGGAGGAGCUCCAGCAUCGUUCGGCAACAACCAGAUCCCUCCCGGCUCGCAGACGCAGCAGAUCUUUAUUCCGAACGAUCUCGUCGGCUGCAUAAUCGGCAAAGGAGGGUCGAAGAUCAACGAGAUCCGACAGAUGUCUGCAUCUCACAUCAAGAUCAUGGAGCCGGGCGCCGGCAUUGCCGCAGGUGGCAGUGGCAGCGAGCGGCUAGUGACCAUCACCGGUCCACCAGCCAACAUCCAGCUCGCUGUUAGCCUGCUCUAUCAGCGUCUCGAGCAGGAGAAGAUGAGAUUGUCUCAGGGUGGUGCAGCUUGA